GCACUAAACUGGACAACCUCUUUUUAUCCCAUGUUCAAGACCAAAUGGAACCACCACCGCUGGCCUACCACUAGCGAUAGGCUGUGAGUUAGCUCGGUCACAUUUUAUAAGAAUAAAGUGAUAUAUUAUUGAACGACAGCUGUGAGAAGAAGCCUAGCUCCAAGUUCGUAUAUUCAAUAUUGUUUUCUCUAUUUGAGAAAUAUUUGCGGAACAUUUGAUUGUUGAGAUGGCGCUGUUGUGUGAUGUGUGCCUUGACCAGUUCGAUCUUGACAUCCAUCGACCCAAGAGCUCGCCCUGUGGGCACACCAUUUGUUGUGAAUGUGUUCAUAAUCCGGCGUUUGGACUAAAAUGCCCAACUUGCAGGAAGGUCUUGUCCACCGACCCCAAGAGCCUCCCCGACAACGUCCUCGCCAUCCGCUUGAUCGGUGCCGAUGGCGCUCCGCCGCCCCGCAUUGCUGCACCCGAGAGGGAGGAGGCGAAGAUGCUGCAGCUGCAGCGGGGCGUGGAUGCUGGGAGGAAGGUGGUCCAGGUGCUGCGGCAGGUGUCCCUGCAGCGCCAUCUGGACUCGUCGGUGGCCCAGCUGCGGCAGAUGGAGGACGCCCUCGAGAAGAUGCAAAAGCAGGCAACGGCAGGCGCGGGGAACUCUUCUGCUGCGGAGGAAGGUGCAAGGGACACAGUGAGGCACCUGCAACACCUGCGGCAGGUGGCACAGCUGGAGGACAGCCUCCGCCUCCUGACCACCAACAGGUGCAGUAUCGUUGCGGAGGAAGAUGAGGCUACCUGGCGGACCACCGUGCAUUUGGGGCCGCUAGACGACCAGCUGGAAAUGGUAAGUACACAAGUUUAUUUUGCGCUGCGGUGCUGUCAAGCUGUCCUUACCCCCGCAAUGAGCGUCACACGAGGAGACGCUCUGGCGCCUGCUGCGCGCUGGGCAGGCCAACCCGCCAAGCUGCCGUGUGAAGCCGGCGGCCCGCCCAGAGCUGAUGGUGGUCGUGGUUCUGCAUCAGUGUCAAUGGACUCUUCGCUUGGGACUGUUGCGCCUCUCUGGCAGUUGCGAGCAUUGAUGAGUCUUGUCAAGUGA